CUCUCUCUCUCUCUCCCCCCACAUCUUGUCUUUCCCUUUGCCACUUCCCAAGACACACGCCGAUACAGUGGAGAGAGAGCGGCGCCUUCUCCUCCAUUGGAGCACCUUUAUCUAGGCCACCGCCGGAGAGGGAAAGAGCAGCAACCUUUAGGCCCCAAGAACGCCGAUCCUUGCGAAAGAACCAGAUACUACUCCCCAACCCCAAGUGAGAGCGGCGGCGGCUGUUUCUUGCGAUCUUGAGAUGGGUAUCCUCUGCUUCGGUGCUUCCUCCACCCUGCUCUGCGGGGAGGACAGGAACAGCGUCCUCGGUCUGGGCGGCGGCGACGGCGAGGUGGUGGAGGCGGGGAGCGGCCUGGAUUUCUUGGAGGCCGGCGCUCUGUUCCCAGUGGACUGUGACGAGGUCGUCGGGGUGCUGGUGCUCAAGGAGAUCGAUCAUCAGCCCAAGGGCGGCUAUCUGGAGAGAUUGGAGCAAGGAGGAUUCGAGUCUUCCUGCAGGAAAGAUGCCAUGGAUUGGAUUUGCAAGGUCCAUUCCUACUACAAUUUUGGACCACUCAGCCUCUGCCUCUCCGUGAACUACCUGGAUCGGUUCCUCUCCACGUUUAAUCUCCCACAUGACAAAUCUUGGAUGCAACAGUUGAUGUCAGUUGCUUGCCUAUCUCUUGCUGUCAAGAUGGAGGAGACCGUGGCCCCUCUUCCUGUAGACCUUCAGGUCUGUGGCGCGAAGAACAUCUUUGAAGCUAGGAACAUUAAGAGGAUGGAGCUCAUUGUGAUGGAGACCCUGAAUUGGAGAUUGCACGCCGUGACCCCAUUCUCUUUCAUCUGCUACUUCUUGGACAAGUUCAGCGAAGGGAAGCCACCGAGUUACAUGCUUGCCUCACGGUGCGCCGAGCUCAUUGUUGGCACUGUGAAAGACUACAGAUUCUUGUCAUUCAGACCUUCUGAGAUUGCUGCCGCAGUGGUUCUUUUGGCGCUCGUUGAGAAUCAGGUCAUUGGCUUCAGCAGUGCCAUUGCAGCAUCUGAAAUCCCUGUAAAUAAGGAGAUGAUUAUGAGAUGCUAUGAGCUGUUGGUAAGGAUGAGAGGGAACUUGAGUGCAAGCCUUUCAGCGCCGCAGAGCCCGAUCGGCGUGCUGGAUGCAGCAUGCUUCAGCUUUAGGAGCGAUGACACAACACCAGGAUCAUCGCCAUCAAACAAUAACAACAGCGGCAACAACGAUCAGGCCUCUGCUCCGGCUUCGAAGAAGAGAAGGCUAGGCACAUCACCAAUCUGAUACACCGUACAUACAUAUAACUCGGCACUGCUCUCGGCUUGUUCAUUCGAUUAUCAUCUUAUCCCCAAAUCCCAUCAGUCAUCAGGGUAACAAGUUGUGGUGCAAUAGUAAUUAUAGUGAGCAUUGUGCCGAUUAGAGAAAUGUGGGCAGCAAUAAGCUUAGUACCGGCUUCUUGAACUCUGAAAGAGGGGAGGAGGGUGUGUGUGCUGAUGGGAGGAGGGAGUGUUCUUGCUCCUACAAUUUUGUCUCCCCCUUCUUCAUUUUAAUUAUUUAUUUAUUUUUCUUUUUUCCUUCUCUGGGGGCUACUCCAGGAGAUCAUUGUGGAUAUGAGAUGGAAGAUGUGAGAAAAUCAGCAAAAAUGGAUUUUCGUUUUGUUUAUUUAUUGUUUCACCAUAUAAAAAGGCUUGUUGCAUUCCAGUGC